GUCACCAUGGGCCCGAGCUCGAUCCUGAAGCCGGGCAAAGGCGUCGACCCGUUGCAACUCCUCGGACCCUUACAUACUACAUACAUACAUGCACAUGCACCUGCACCUGCAACCCCACUGAUCGCAACCUCAGCGCACUAUCGCCUGUUUGGACAUCUCAACUGGGCUUGAGCCGCCAUCCUCCACGUCGCUCGCUCUAGCCGCCAUCACGCGCCUCUGCCUGCUUGGGCUUACCGUCUCUUGCUCUGUCCGCAUCCAUUAGCGCAGACGACAUCCGCACCAGCAUCACCAACCUAGCGCCUGCGAAGUCAUAGUGCGCGUAUCUGACUUGAUUGAUCGCCCACGAUGGAGACCAUCAAGGGUCUCCUGUGGAAGCCCACGCCCGAGGAGCAGAAGCGCAAAUGCAACACCCUCGUGCGCCAAAACGUGCGGAAACUCGAUCGCGACAUCCAGCAACUCAAGGUCACGGAGCAGAAAACCAAGAACCUCAUUCAACAGUCGUCGAAACGCGCCCAACGCAACCCCUCCAUGGCCAAGCAGGCCAACCAAGACGUCCGCAUCUUCGCCCGUGAGCUGAUUCGCGUCCGGAAACAGAGCAAUCGCCUCAUGACGUCCAAGGCCCAGCUCAAUAGCGUGCAGAUGCAGGUCAACGAAGCCUUUUCCGUCAGGAAGAUUGAAGGCAGUAUAAAGGCCAGCACGGGCAUCAUGAAGGAUGUAAACAGUCUGGUGAGACUGCCAGAGCUGACGGGCACUAUGAGGGAGCUCAGCUCUGAGUUGAUGAAGGCGGGAAUCAUCGAGGAGAUGCUGGACGAUACACUAGGUGAGAACGAGAUGCUGGAGGGUGAGGCCGACGAGGCCGAGGAGGAAGUGGACAAGGUGCUGAGUGAGGUGCUCAAGGAUCGGUUACCGCCGAGCAAGGCCCAAGAGCAAGAGCUUCCUGCUGCUCCACAAGCAGAGGAGGAAGAGGAAGAAGACCAGGCGGAAAUGUUGGCUCAAAUGCGAGGCCGCCUCGAGGCACUCAAGAGCUGAGGCAAUUUAUGAAGAUUGCUUUGAAACUAUCCCAUGUAUAGAGCCAUAAUGCGGAGUUGUGGAAUUACGGCGUACUGAGUAUCCGCGAUGCAACGACACUGAAUUUGUGUAGCUACAUACAUAACACUCUCAGCCCGAAGAAAGCCAGUUUGAUGAUAAUGAC